GAAGGGGGAGAAGGAAGAGGGGAGCCGGGGAGAGCUGGACGAGCGGCGAUGGUGCUGACGGUGUGAGCGGGGCCGGCGGGGCGGCCGUGCCCGGCGGGGCGAUGGUGCCUGGGCGGCGGCGGCGGCGGCGGCUGUGAGCGGGGCGUCGCCAUGGGCUGCGGGGGCAGCCGGGCCGACGCUAUCGAGCCGCGCUACUACGAGAGCUGGACGCGGGAGACCGAGUCCACCUGGCUGACCAACACGGACUCCGAGAGCCCGCCGCAGGACGGCGGCAGCGCCGAGGGCCCCGGCCGGGAGCAGGGCGGCCCGCGCCCCGGUCUUCUGGAGGAUGGGAAAUUGGCUCACACAGGUGUAUCUACAGCAUCAGCCACAGCUGGAAUGCUGAACCCUGAGAAGAGGAGCAACUGUGGCUCUCAGUGUGCAAACCCCAUAGUCCACAGCACUGGGACUGCAACACAGAGACAGAAUGGCUUCAGGACCACAGAGAGUAAAUGGGAUACACAGAAAACGACCACACAAGAAGUCGCCAUUAAUGUUACAAAAGGCAUCAGGCAAAGUGACAGAAGAAAAACAAAGAAUUGUGCCAAUUAAUGAAGAAAAUUGCAGGUGAGGAUGGACUUAACAAAGCUUCACUGCAAUUUAAAUGUCAGUCACUGAAGACAUGAAGAUCUCUAGGUGUUCCAGGUUGAAUACAGCAGGCAGCUGCUACUGAGUGCCUCCAGAAUCAGGUCUUGUGGAAAGCAGCUGCAAGCCCCGUAGACAUCGUUCGUCUAAAGCAGUGGCACUACACAGACAUACACAGAAAUUAAUGAUGUUUGUUUUUUACUGACUUCCAUGUUAUCCCAUGUGUAUGUCCUGUUCCACAUUGCCAUUAAGAUAAGGCUGAAUAAUAAGGGGUACAGCUCAUCACAAUUAAAACCAGGAAAUGAACACAUGAAUCUGCAUUUUUAGUCAUAAAGGGGUUUUGAGUGUGCACAUUUAAACCCACAGAGUUAAUUUAAAGCAGUCACAUGUUUUAAAACACAAACCCAGACAACUCAAGAAGGUGAGACUAAAGUCUAGUCUUCCACUAAAUCUCUUUUCAACUAGAUGUAUAGGUUAUAUAUAGUUAAGUCACACAGUAAUGUUUUUAUAUAUUAAAUGUUCAAUUACUUAGUUUUAAUUUAUUGUUCAUAUUGACACAAUUUUGACCUUAAAAAUAGUAGCUUUCAUAUUGGUCAGCCUUACUUGAAGGUCCUAGUCUCAACUAGUAAGCAGAGUUGUGGCUACUUGGUUGUUUUAUAAAUGCCCCUUCGAUUAUGUUCAAGCCCAGUCUGACCAGGAAAAAUGUUACCAUUAACAUAGAAGAAAAUAACCAUAAUUUUAAAGUCAUAUUCUAAUGUCAGUUCAAAAAGUUAACUUUCUUUGAUAAGACAUAAGUAAUUCACUGUGCAGAACUUAUUUAAUACAUUGUGAGCAUUCUGUAUCACAGUACUCAAUGAUUAUAGUAAAUACAUAUCUAAAAGGAAUAUAAAUGUUUAGUAUAGUGAAGUCCAGGAAUUAAUUCGACAUAUUACUUCUUAAUAUGGAAGUAAUAAUAUAUAUUCUCUGAGUUUGCAUGUUUAUAAAGAUAAAAGAGGUAAAUUUAUUUGCCUCUAUCAGAUAUAUAUCCAUAUAUCCAUAAUAUACAUCCAUAUAUAUAUAUAUGGAUGCAUAUUAGUAUCCUUAAAGGGCCAUUUAAAAGAACUAUUCAAAACAGGCAUACAAGAAUAGGAUUGUGAACUGAACCCUAGUUUAUUCUGUAUUAGGAUCAUUUUAAUAGCUUGCUGCUUAGGUGUGUGAGUUACUUUCCUUGUUGUACAACAAGUCUCUGCAAUAGGAGCUGUUUAUUAAUUGCUCCAACAAAAAGGCAAACUGGAAUCCAGAGUUAGAGACAGAACUUUGCAUACCAUAGCAUAUUCUAAAAGGAUUUACUGGCAGAGAGAGUGCAGUAUAAACUUGUACAAGAAAGCUACAGAAAGUGAUUAAUGAUCCUGGUGUGUUUAAGGGUAAACAGGAUUUUGAAGGAAGGCAAAAGGGAAGGUUUGUUGUGUAAGAAGCUGUUCCAGAGAUUGUGGCCUUGGGUGGAUACCACAUUAGAGUGAGUAGAUGCAAGAACAAAGGAAUCCUGGCAUUAAGAUUAUUUAGUGGUGAUGUGCUGACCAGAUGUGUCAGAUGGCUUGGGUCACACCACAGAAGGAAGCCCAUGAGCUGCAUGGCACAUGAAGCAGCCCUGGCUCAUGCCAGCAGCCAUCAGGGAGGCAGCUCUUGAGUUUGUAUUCCAGGCAUGAGAUGUGACAGGAUGGUUUGCAGGAGAUGGCCUUGGUACACAAUUAUCUGGGCAACAGCACAGACCUUGCUCAUGCUGAGCACAUCCCACGUCAGGAGAGUGCUGGAUGCUGCCUGCCCUGGACUGCUCAUGAUAAUGUUCCUGAGCUACUCCAAGAUCCCCUAAACCUGCUCAUAUCCUGAAACUUAACUUUAUGACAUUCAAAGAUUGGAUCCAACUUCUGUGGUAAAAGCCAUGUUUAGUAACAAGCAAUUUUAUACACACUCUUCAUGUAGUACAUUACUGUUCUUAUUCAUUAGGCAUUAGUAAAUGAAAAGAAAUUACAUUAUGUCCUAGGUGGCUUCUUAGUGUUUGAUGUGCAAACUUCCAAUGACCUUAAUAAAACUAAGAGCAUGUUGUGGAGAUGUAGAUCUUGUCUCUGUACACAGAUUGGGAUAUACUUAUGUUUACUUUCCUUCUACUAGAAAUAACCACAAGUAGAAACAACCAAUUUAUAAAAUAAUACCCCACUCUGUAUAAUUAGGGUGAUAGAAUCUAGUCUAUACCACUUUAGACAAUUGAAAGUCCUCAUAAUAGAUUCCCAUGUUGGUUUUAGUGGAAGAAGCAAGCCCAAAGAAUCACCUGGACAUUUUCACACCAGGUGGCCUCCCUAGAAAUGAGGAGUCUUAUUUACAGGGUCUGUUCUUUGAGCAUCAUCUUUCAAAUACAAAUUUGCUCAAAGACAUGUGAAAAGACAUGGACUUUCAGAUGAAGGACCUGUGGGCAUCUCUGUCUUAUAUACCAGGAUUUUUAAAAUGUAAUUUUCCCCAAAUAGACAUAAUUUGUUUGAUGUCCCUUGGCUGCACCUGAAGAUUUCUACAGGCACACUGAAACAACACACUUUCUGCUGGAAUGAUUUGCCAACAGAUGGUGAGUUCUUAUGAUUUAUCUAAGUCCAGAUUUUAAACAGAAAGGAACUUUGUCACGUUUCCACAAUUCCAACACAAUAUAUACAUAGGAUUGUCCUAUAUAUCUUGAUAUAUCUUCUUCCACCAUAUAGAAAUGGAAUCAUUCAAAAGAAAGAGGAUAUUGUCUAAAGAAGAGAGAGGAUUUACAGUUACCAAUUCAUCAUGAGGCAAAUUAAUCUUUUCAGAGACUCAGUACACCUUUAUUUUGCACUAUUCCUUCAUCUUCUCCCUUAUGAUUCCUUAAUGUAUUUCAUCGUUUCAGCAUCACUGUGGGAUAUUGACUGGAAGACACACAAUUUUAAUGUGUGACUGAAAUGAUUUUGUACUGACAUAAAUAGGAAACUCUAAUUAUUGCAUAAGCAAUAUAUGAGUACUACAUUAAAAAUGCAUUCUUGUUAGUUGAAUUACUGAGAUUUCAUAAAAACCAGGACACAGGUAUUUUUGAUCUUCGUAGUAUGUUCAUAUACAGAGAUAUUUAUUUGUGCAUGUCUCUGCAUGUGCAUAUUGUAAUGUCUUUAGUGUGUACUUCUACAGUUCAGGCACUUUUUUUUGAGAACCUUUAAUUUCUGUUUGUAAUUCUGACACCCAAGUAUAAAAUAUUUUAAUAUUUGAACUGAAAUUUGUUUUACAUGCUUCAUGAAAAGAAUGAGAUAUAUAAUUUGUGCACAGAAAUGGUAUUUGAAAAAACAGGCUUAGUUUUAUUUACAAAUACAUCUUAAUUCAAACUAGACUAAUGGGAACAUUUUUGUACUUUCUGCAAAUUAAUGAGGAUUGACCUUAAAUUUGACAAUAAAAAUAAAGAACAUUUUUAAAGUG